GCCCUAAUACGACGUGUUCCUCUCAGCCAGUCGCAGUCGUCGACGCGCCUCAGAUCCGUCUGCCCGUGAGGAACAAUCAGACGGACGCGCAGUACACUUUUAUAUAGUUUAUUAAAGUUUAAUUAGACGCAACAGCUCUGGUGUGCACUUGGCCGAUUUUUUCUACUAUUGGGUGUCCAAUGGCGGAAACGAACCACAGCAACGGCGUCACGAAUCACGGCUUCGUCAGCGACGAGAACAACCCGCGAAUCAGCGUCUGCAGCAGCGUCAGCGGCAUCAAGGAUGUCAACGGAACCGACGGAAAAUCGAAAACGAAUCACGAGCGAGCGCAAUGGGGCAGCGAUCGCGAGUUUCUGCUCUCCUGUAUCGCCAUGUCGAUCGGUUUGGGAAACGUCUGGCGUUUUCCAUUCACGGCUUACGAGAACGGAGGUGGAGCUUUCCUGAUACCCUACAUUAUCAUUCUGACGGUUGUAGGACGACCGUUUUAUCUUCUCGAGAUGAUUCUCGGCCAGUUCUCCAGCAAGUCCACCAUCAAGAUCUGGGACAUGGUGCCUGCGUUCAGAGGAAUCGGAUACGCGCAGGUGAUGGUCCUGGUGGGUCUGGCUUCGUACUACUGUUCCUUGAUGGCCCUGACGAUGUUUUACCUGAUCGCUAGUUUCCAAGCGGAGCUGCCCUGGUCCAAGUGUCGUCCCGAAUGGGGUCCCAACUGCCUGGAUUCCACGAGGAACAAAUCCAUACCGAUACCCAAGAACGUCAGUCUGAAGAGCUCGGCCGAGCUGUACUUCUACAAGGAGGUCCUGCGAGAGAAAGCCAACAUCGACGACGGAAUCGGCGCGCCAGACUGGCGUCUGACCCUCUGUCUGGCUGCGAGUUGGCUGGUCAUUCUUCUAGUGGUGAUAAAAGGUGUCAAGAGUUCCGGCAAGGCUGCCUACUUCCUCGCGAUCUUUCCCUACGUUGUGAUGAUCGGACUUCUCGCCAGAGCUGUGACCCUCGACGGUGCUAGCAACGGGAUCCUCUACUUCAUCACGCCUGUCUGGGACAAGCUCUGGAGACCGCAGGUCUGGUACUACGCGGUCUCCCAGUGCUUUUUCUCGCUGACCGUCUGCUUUGGUGCGAUCGUUAUGUUCUCGUCGCACAACAGAUUCGAGCACAACGUUUACAGAGACGCCCAGAUAGUAACGACGCUUGACAUCUUCACAUCUCUGCUCGCCGGUUGUACGAUCUUCGGGAUCCUGGGUAACCUGGCGCACGAGCUUGGUUCCGAGGACAUCUCGACCGUGGUCAGAGGUGGUACCGGUCUGGCCUUCAUCUCCUAUCCCGACGCCAUUGCCAAGUUCACUUGGCUACCCCAGUUCUUCGCUGUGAUCUUCUUCGUGAUGAUGUUCGUUCUGGGGAUCGGUAGCGAGGCUGCGCUCACCUCCAGUGUCAUCACCAUCGUUCACGAUCAGUUUCCACACUGGAGGCUUUGGCACAUCGCCAGCGGGGUUGUGGCUGUUGAGUUUCUCAUCGGACUAAUUUACGUAACGCCGGGUGGCCAAUUCAUGGUGACGUUCGUAGACUACUACGCCACGUCCUUCAUCGCUUUCGUGCCAGCCUUUUUCGAGCUGAUCGCCGUGUUCUACGCCUACGGUUACAAUAACUUCCUUAACGACGUGGAGUUCAUGCUGAAGCGCAGACUAUCGAUCUUCUGGAGGUUCUGCUGGCGAUUCCUCACCCCAACCAUCAUCGCAGUCAUCUUCAUCUACAGUAUGGUCAGCAUCAAGCUGCUCACCUACAACGAUGUCACCUAUCCGUCCUAUCUCUACGUCAUCGGAUGGAUCCUGUUCAGCAUAGCCUUCGUGCAGAUCCCCCUCUGGUGGCUCGUAGCCAUUGUGAAGAAGAGGAAUCACUCGUUCCCAGAGAUUUUCAGAAGAGCCCUCGACCCCUCGAAAAAGUGGGGACCGAAGAACCACGAGACCCGGAAGCAGUGGAAGCUCUUCAGAAAGAGCAAAGAGUAGAGCUUUUGAAAGCCGAGAGAAGCUUAUUAUACUUAAUAAAAUAAAAUCGCUCGUUUAACGAAGCACAGAAUUCCCGAAAGCUCGUCGCGUGGAGUAAAUUGAAAAUAUACACACGCGGAGUGUCUCUCGGGGCUUGAGGAAACUUGGAGCGUGUUUUUCAUAUUCAAACGCUAUAUGUUUAUUUAUUAUUGAUAUGCUGUAUAAAACGAGUUCGAUUUCUCGCCGCAUUUUCCUGGAAUUCGAUGUGGAACGUUAGCUCAUUUAUUAUAUUUACAAUGUUCAGUUUUUAAAAAAUGUAUAAAUGGAACGUGAAUUUCGACAGUGUGUAUAUAUACUAUAUCCUGUCGCUUCGACUCGUUCUGUACCGACUGUGGCAAUGAUUAUCUACUUACUGCAAUGACUUACACAAACGUGUGUUCUCCGAAUGACCCUUUUGCGGAGCAGUAUUUUAUGUAACGGAUUGUAUAGAAUAAAAUAUUUUUUUAUCCAA